CAUCGCUCCUCCGCUCUCUUCUCUCCUUGCUUUCCUUUCCUCCCUUCACUUUCUCUAUACUCGUCGCAGACGUGGGCAACGCUCGUGGUCGCCGUUGGUCAGUAGUCGGACGCCCUCCUGCCCAAUAUGGCGUCUGUUAGGCAUUCGACCUUGCUCCACCAACGCCUCGAAAACACAACAGACCUCGCAACUCUCUCGCCCGUCUCAGACGACAUCAUCGUCUCAUGCCUGCGCGAACGAUACGUGAAUGAGAACAUCUACACGAAUGUGGGGCCAUCUGCCAUCGUGUCGUUGAACCCGCACAAAUAUGUGCCCAGCAACGCCGACUCCGUACUCAUGAAGUACGCCGCAGAAUAUCGCAGCAGUGCACCAGACAAGCAGUAUCUUCCUCCACAUAUCUUCCAGCUCGCGAACAAUGCGUACUACCACAUGCGCCGCACCCAGCAGGACCAGUGUAUUCUCCUCAGUGGGGAGACGUGCAGUGGCAAAUCUGAGAAUAGACGUCUCGCUAUCAAGUCUAUCAUCGAGCUCAGUGUCAGCAAUCCGGGCAAGAAAGGUUCGAAACUUUCGACCCAGAUUCCUUCGGCAGAGUUCGUCCUGGAGUCGUUCGGAAAUGCCCGCACGCUAUUCAAUCCCAACGCGUCUCGUUUCGGGAAGUAUACUGAGCUGCAAUUUACGGAGCGCGGCCGCCUUAGUGGUGUCAAGACCCUUGACUACUACCUAGAACGCGGACGCGUUGCCGGUGCCGCCUCGGGUGAACGAAACUUCCACAUCUUCUAUUACCUCGUUGCAGGUGCAUCGGCAGAAGAGCGUCAGCAUCUCAAGCUCACGGACAAGUCGACGUUCCGCUAUUUGGGUCCACGUCAGGCUAAUGCUCCCAGACCAGAGGAAGAUGCAAUGCGGUUUGACCAACUCAAGGUGGCGUUGAAGAAUGUCGGUCUGUCGAAGCGGGUCGUUGCACAGACGUGUCAACUGCUAGCGGCUAUUCUUCAUCUUGGGAACCUAGACUUCAUCAUAGACCGACAACGGAAUGAGGACGCGGCUGUCGUUAAGAACACUGAUAUCCUUGAGACCGUAGCCGAAUUUCUCGGAGUACAGCCACAGGCACUGGAAAAUGCGCUGUCUUGCAAGAUGAAGUUAAUGAAAAAGGAGCUGUGCACUGUUUUUCUUGACCCAGAUGGUGCUUCGGACAACCGCGAUGAUCUUGCGAAAAUACUUUACUCUCUCCUUUUCAGCUGGUUGAACGAGCAGAUCAACCAGAAGCUGUGCCGAGAUGAUUUCAGCACUUUUAUUGGACUGUUUGAUCUGCCAGGCCCUCAAAACAUGGCAAGUUCCGCCAGUCGUUCGAAUUCCCUUGAUCAAUUCAUUGUGAACUUCGCAAACGAAAAACUCCAUAGUUGGAUCCAAAAGCGGAUGUUUGAAUCGCAUGUGGACGAGUACAAUCAGGAAGGCAUCGCACAUUAUGUGCCCCCGAUUCCGUACUUCGACAACGCGGAGUGUGUGCGGUUGUUGUCGCACAUGCCCGGAGGUCUAAUCCACAUCAUGGAUGAUCAGGCACGCCGUAUGCCCAAGAAGUCUGAUCACACUAUGGUCGAAGCCUUUGGCAAGCGCUGGGGUAAUCACUCAUCCUUUAAGGUUGGAGGCAUCGAUCGCUCGGGCUUCCCGACGUUCACCGUCAACCACUAUAAUGGUCCUGUCACAUACUCUUCUGAGGGUCUGCUCGAGAAGAAUCUUGAUGCACUCAACCCCGAUUUCGUAUCACUUCUACGCGGUUCAGAUGGCGCAACACCUCACGGGACAGAAGGCACUGGUUCUGUCAACUCGUUCAUCCGAAACCUCUUCUGUGGCAAAGCGAUCGCUACUCAAGCUCAUCCGCGUAACGAAGAGACAAUUGUUGCUGCGCAACAGUCAGUUAAACCGAUGCGUGCUCCUUCGACACGCCGAAAAGGGACUGUUCGGCGCAAAAACGGUCCUGGAGGAGGGGACGAAGAGAAGGAAGAUGAUGAUGCAUUAUUGGACGGGAAAGCACCAUGCACUGCCGGAGAGUUUCGCCAAGCGCUGGUCACAUUGUUCUCGACACUUGACGAGACGCAAGCGUGGUAUGUAUUCUGCAUCAACCCGAAUGAUUCACAGAUUCCACUCCAACUUGAGGGACGAGCAGUCAAGGGACAAAUUAGGAGUGCAGGCCUGACGGAGAUUGCGAAGCGUAAUGCUAACGUAUUUGAGGUGAGCAUGACGCCGAGCGAGUUCUGUGAUCGUUAUGGGGCGCAUCUCCUGGCUUUGAAUAUCCAUGAAGGAGAUGAGGUAUCGAAAGUAGCGCAAGCGCGAACGGCUCUUGACUUACAAGAGCGGGACCUUGUGAUCGGUUCGUUCAAGGUUUUCCUUUCGCACCGCGCUUUCCACAAGCUUGAAGAUCGAUUACGGGCUGAGGACGUCGAAGAGCAAAAGCGUAAUCGUUUGCGUGAUGCCGAGGCAGAAGCAGGCCUUGAUAUGCGUGGAGGGGACAUGUUCGGUCCCUAUUCGUCUCAUGGUCACCACGAUUCGCAAAAUUCGCCACCCAUGGGUGCCUUCAACGAUCCGUUCGGUCAGUCGAGCCAGCAGCUUCCACUCGUAUCUCAUGCGUCGCCAUUCAUGCGCGCGGACUUAUACAAUGAUGAUUAUGACGAACGAGGCUCUGUUCGCAGCGAUGAUCUAGAUGCAAAGAGUCGCCUUACGAGCAACCGAGACGAUUCGAUGUCGAACUUUGGUGGUUCAGAGUCUUACGCACCGUCACGGAAUAUGUUCCAGAACGAUGAUACGAAGGGCUUGCUUGGGAAGGAAGCAUUGCCAGGUGAAGUAAUGGAGGGUGAGACGACCGAGGACAUUAAGGAGUCGUCAAGUCGUCGGAGAUGGGUUGCAUUUGUCUGGCUGCUUACCUGGUGGUGUCCGAAUAUCUUCCUUAUUUGGUGUGGGCGUAUGAAACGGUUGGAUGUCAGGCAGGCUUGGCGAGAGAAAUUGGCGUUGAACAUGCUCAUCUGGUUCUGUUGUCUCGUCGCGGCAUUCAUCAUUGCCGUUCUUGGCAACUUGAUCUGCCCAACGGAACACGUUUUUAGCAGCAGCGAACUGCAGGCACACAAUAAGGACUCGAAUAGCAUGUUAACUGCCAUACGUGGCGAGAUCUUCGACCUCACCAAUAUCAUUCCGUUCCAUCAACGUGUCGUCAACGUCGUACCAUCGAAGCUUCUUGAAAACUAUGCAGGAACUACUGCAGAUGACCUUUUCCCGGUUCAAGUAUCUGCUGUGUGCAAUGGCGUUUCUGGUUCCGUUAAUCCGUUCGUCACGCUAAACUCAAAGAAUUCUACGGAUCCGAAUGCUCAAUACCAUGAUUUCCGUGCCUGGAAGAAUGACUCGCGUCCAGAUUGGUAUUUCGAGAGCAUGACGCUGAUGCGUUGGAACUACCGUGUAGGAUUCGUGGGGUUAACAGGGAAGCAAGUGAAAAACUUGGCAACAUCAGGAAGGGCGGUUGCGAUUUACAACGGGCUCGUCUACGACUUGACGGACUACAUCAACUUUGCACCUAGCGUGCAAGCUCCAGAUGGGUUUUCUCCACCUUCGGGUGUUGACGUUCAAUACAUGGAUAGCAAUGUCAUUGAUUUGUUCAAGUUCUCCGGUGGUGGUGACAUUACGAAGCAGCUUGACUCGCUCAACAUCGAUGGUACCGUCCUUGCCCGUCAGAAGACGUGCUUGCGGAACUUGUUCGUCAUUGGGAAACAAGAUCAUCGUAAUUCGCCGAGAUGUCUCUUCGCAACGUAUAUCCUUCUUGCCCUCUCGAUUUUGAUGGUCAGCGUAAUUGGGUUCAAGUUCCUUGCUGCGAUUAGCUUUGGCACUAUGCGCGCACCUGAAGACCACGACAAAUUUGUCAUCUGCCAGGUUCCUUGUUAUACGGAAGGCGAAGAAUCCAUGCGAAAGACCAUUGACUCGUUGGCGAAGUUGAAGUACGACGACAAGCGGAAACUCAUUUUCGUUAUUUGUGAUGGUAACAUUGUCGGGUCCGGAAACGAUCGUCCUACACCGCGAAUCGUAUUGGACAUUCUCGGUGCAGACCCGAAUAACGAUCCUGAGCCGCUGACCUUCUUGUCCUUGGGCGAGGGUGCGAAGCAGCAUAAUAUGGGUAAGGUAUAUUCGGGGCUUUAUGAAUGCGCCGGACACGUUGUGCCAUACAUCGUCGUCGUUAAGGUUGGCAAACCGACGGAACGGUCGAGGCCUGGUAACCGUGGUAAGCGUGACACGCAAAUGAUGCUAAUGCGCUUCCUGAACAAGGUUCACUUCGACGCUCCUAUGAACCCUCUGGAACUUGAGGUCUACCAUCAAAUCAAGAAUGUUAUUGGAGUUAACCCAACGUUCUACGAGUAUUUGUUCAUGGUUGAUGCUGAUACUGUUGUGGAUCCUCUGUCUUUGAAUCGUCUCGUUUCGGCGAUGAUUCAUGAUAAGAAAGUCAUUGGUGCUUGCGGUGAAACGGCGCUUGCAAACUCGAAGCAAUCAAUUAUUACGAUGAUGCAGGUUUACGAGUACUAUCUCUCACAUCAUCUAGCCAAAGCUUUCGAAAGCCUGUUCGGUUCCGUGACUUGUCUUCCGGGUUGUUUCACGAUGUACCGUCUGCGCACUCCCGACACGCACAAGCCAUUGUUCAUCGCUAAUUCAGUGAUUACGGACUACUCAGAGAACCGCGUCGACACGUUGCACAUGAAGAACCUCCUGCACCUCGGUGAAGACCGUUACCUAACGACACUGCUUCUGAAACACUUCCCAAUGUACAAGACACAAUUUGUUAGGGAUGCUAAGGCAUUCACGACUGCUCCGGAUGAAUGGAAAAUUCUCCUGUCUCAACGUCGCCGUUGGAUUAACUCGACUGUACAUAACUUGGGAGAGCUUGUAUUUCUUGACAGGCUUUGUGGAUUCUGCUGUUUCUCGAUGCGAUUUGUUGUGUUUAUCGAUUUGGUAUCUACAAUCAUUCAGCCAGUGACUGUGGCCUAUAUCGUGUAUUUGAUCUAUCUCAUUGCCGCUAGGGGAGAUUCGGUCCCGCAAUGGUCCAUUAUCAUGUUGGCCGCUAUCUACGGUCUACAGGCACUUAUCUUCCUAUUCCGUCGGAAGUGGGACAUGAUUGGAUGGAUGGUAUUCUAUAUCCUGGCCAUUCCGGUCUUUUCAUUCGCGCUACCUCUUUAUUCGUUCUGGAAAAUGGACGAUUUCUCGUGGGGUGCUACACGUGUCGUAUUGGGCGAAAAGGGUAAGAAAAUGAUUGUCCACGACGAAGGCAAAUUCGACCCACGUUGCAUUCCUCUAAAGUCGUGGAGUGAAUACGAGAACGAACUAUGGGACAAGGAAUCAAACCACAGUAUUGGCUCAUGGGUACCGCCUGCAAAAAUCAAGAAUGAAGGAUAUGCUGAGUCACGUACGGCAUCACUGUAUGGUCGCGAAACAUAUUACGAGCCGCAGCAUCAACAGCGAAGUUACUCUCCGGUACCAUCGCAGUUCCAGAACAUGCAGCAGGUGUAUCCACCGCCUGGGUAUCAGUCUGGAAGAAACACGCCGAUUGGCGGUGGGUUUUCGGCUUCACCGUUCCGAACUAUGAGUGAUAUGGGUGGAGGCAUGGGUACGGGUGGUAUGAAUAGUAUGGGUAGCAUGGGUGGACUGCAACAGCCUACGCCGUCUCGACCAGUCACGAACUACCUCGACAUGCCGAUCCCCCAGACUCGAAGCCCAGAAGACUCGGACUUCUUUGGCGCGACGGCCCAGUUCGGGACGGGACCAACUGAUGCUGAGCUUGUGCGAGCUGUCGAGGAGGUGCUGCAGGGCGCCGACUUCAACACGAUUACAAAGAAGCAGGUGAGGCAGCGAUUGGAAGGGAUGUUCGGAGGAGUGGACUUGAGCGCGAGGAAGGGUGUGAUCAAUACUGCUAUUGACCGGGUUAUUCUUUCGCAGUCAUGAAUCCCUUCCCUUUCUUUGUUCGUGAAGUGACGGGACUUUGAACGCUGGACCAUGCCUUCUCUUGAUUUAGUUCGUUUUGUUUGUGGCACUGCUAUGCGAUCGGACUUGAAUAGUAGAGACAUUAAUAUUGUAAGGGAUAACUUUUUCUGCAUGAUGCUCUCUUUUAUUUUUUCGUUUAAUUUUUCAUUUCCCUUGAUCUUCGGACUCAACACAAUGCACUCUAGUACACCCACAACCGACGUCACUCUCAUUUCCUUAGUAUAAAUAUUAUAUGAUAACGACACUGCUUGGCUCGUCUCCUCGGACCUUAUUUGCUAUUCUCCACUUCGCUAUCGUCAAUAAAGUUGCUCCGCCCACUCCUGUGGCUGGUCAUCUCUCGAACGCCGAGCGAGGACCGACCGAUCUAAAACUAGUCUCUCGUUGUUCUCGCAUUUGUUUUGUUCUCAUUCAUUUUUAACAGAUAGAUAUAUUUCAUAUAAGUAACAGAGGCUCGUGAAUAAUAAGGUAUGAGAUGGAAACUAUUGUCCAGAUAGCAGGGUUACUCGGUAUACAAAAAUUUUGUG